CCAAAGAUGACACCUUUCCUUACUACAACCACCACACACCACCACCACCACCCCCUUCUUCCACCCCAUCUUUUCUCACCAAUGCAGGUACUAGUCAUUGGAUCAGGAUCUUUUCAUGUCUUGCUUCUUCUCCUCCUCUUUUUUCCCACCCUCCCCCUUAAAAAAAAAAAAAAAAAGGUUUUUUUUUUUAAAAAAAAAUUAUUUUGUUUCAUUUUGGGGGUCUUGUCAAUAUAGAUGAUGGAGAGUAGUGGGAUGGAUCAUGGAUGUGGAUCUUAUUUUAUUUUUAAAGGUGUUUCUUUUCCUUUCACUAAUUAGUGGGGACAAAAAAGAUCAAAUAGGAGGAAAAGGGAGCAUAAAACACUAGUAUCCAAUGUUGUUCUUUUCUCCUCCCCCCCUCCUUUUUUUUUUUCUUUGCUUCUAUUAAGUCUUCAAGGAAAAUGCUAGCAAAAGUCCCUCCUUUUUCCCUUUUUUUAUUUUCGUGUGUGUGUUCUUAUUUCCUAAGUCUAACAAAUGAAAAAAGAAGACCCAAAUCAUGGUUUUGUGCAUCUUUGAUGGAUUGUUUUCUGGGAGCUCAAACACAAGCAUGAAUGGGGUAUUGGCAAGGGUGAGAGGGCCCUUCACUCCAUCUCAAUGGAUGGAGCUGGAGCACCAAGCUUUGAUCUACAAGUACAUUGUUGCAAAUGCACCCAUACCAAGUAGUCUCCUUAUCCCCAUUAGAAGGAGCCUCAACCCAUCUGGGUUCCCUCCAUUCUCUGCUCCAUCUUUUGGCUCAUCCACAUUGGGGUGGGGAAAUUUCCAACUGGGUUUUCCCGGAAAUGCGGAUCCCGAGCCGGGGAGAUGCCGUCGGACGGACGGAAAGAAAUGGCGGUGCUCGAGGGACGCAGUCGCAGACCAAAAGUAUUGUGAGCGCCACAUGAACCGGGGCCGCCACCGUUCAAGAAAGCAUGUGGAAGGCCGCUCUGGCCACGCCGCCGCAAGACCAUCCCCAACUUCUUCACAAGCUGCUUCCUCAGCUGUCCUCUCUACUGCAGAGCAGCAGGCAAAGAGUUUGGGGCCGAGUACUACUGCUGAUCCUUGCCCUGCUCCGUUUAACAGGAUGUUGAUGGGCAAAGAAAAAGUAAAUGAUUAUGCUGCGGACUCCCAAAGGCUCUCUAUGCUUACUUCUAUGAGCCAAAAGCCCAUAGACUCUUCCUUUCCCAUCUCGAAGCAACACAAUCCCUUUGAGGAAGCCGCAUUCUCAGAUAACAUCAACUUCCUUCCUGCGCCCAAACUCAAUGAAAAUUCGCAAACUCACCCUCUUCGCCAUUUCUUUGAUGAUUGGCCCAAAAACCACUCUGAUAGUUCUUCUCUCACCUGGCACGAGGUUGAAGAAAUGCAAUGCGAAAGAACCCAACUUUCUAUAUCUAUCCCUAUGACCUCCUCCGACUUCUCGUCCUCGUCUUCUCCUACUCAUGAGAAGCUUACUCUUUCACCCCCUAGACUAUCUCGCGAGAGUGAGUUUAGUCAAAAGCAAGUAAAUUGGGUACCGAUUUCUUGGGAGUCUUCGAUAGGUGGACCUUUAGGAGAGGUGUUGAACAACACCAAUAGCACAAUACCAAAGGAUCAAAGCAAGAACUUGUCAUCAUCUUCGCUGAAUCUUUCGAUGGACGGGUGGGACUUAGAGUCGUCGCCAUCGGGAGUUCUUCAGAAGGCUAACUUCGGUUCGGUGUCUAGCAGCACCGGCAGUAGCCCGAGGCCGGAGAAUCCGAAGGCUUAUGAGUCUCAUAAGAGCAGCGGAAGCCUGUGCAACGAGAUACUCGGGUCAGGCCUUGCGAAUUCCCUGACUAUGCCUUCAUUUUAAGCUUCUAAAAGAGUUAUCUUCCAGUAGAAAAUAGUGAAAAGUGUUAUGUAUCAUGGUUUGUGGAGAGUGACUUUAGUUUUGCUUGCUAGUAAAAUUAUGGAGCAUUUAGUUUCAGAAACUUGAAUUUUUAUGUUUAUUUCCUUGGUUUUGUACUUUGUUCUUGGAUUAUCUCUUUGAAGAAGGAUUGAAAGCCUCCUUAUAUGUAUUCUGUCAAAAAAAUGGCAAAAAGAGAAAAAAAAAGGACUUAUGUACUUGAUCUACAGCUAUGUAUAACAGGUUGGGUUUUAAUUGAUCUGA